GAAGCAGAUUGAGUGCGAUAUCCUAUCUCUUCACAUAGAAGGUCUUUGACCAAGCGAUCAAUAGUGAACGCUUGGGGGUAGAAGUGUGAGAGCAGUGACCGCUAGCUGCAUGUCAGCGAGAAGAGGCAGGAAGGGAAAUAUCUAUAGAAGGGGGGUGGUGAACAGGGAUUUGGGCUCCUUCUUUCAAAUUUGGCUGUAACGUUAUCUCUAUAUAGAUCCAAAUUAACGAUUCUUGCUACGAGGGGAACACCACUCAACAACAGCUGUAGCUAGCUACCACCAUCUCCCGCAGUCUGAGCGAUCGCCGUGUCUUCCAUACGAUGGGAAACGCUGCUACCGCCAAGAAAGGCAACGAGCUGGAGAGCGGUGAGUUGGGACGGUCGCUGAGCAUAAUCUAUACUAACUAAUGUUAGCUAGCUACCGAGUGAGUAUGCUAACAUUAGCUAAUGUUGACACAUUUGAAACAUUUUAUGCACAACAUCGGGAGAAUGUAUCCCUGAUGUUGUAAACAUUUACAUGAAUUACACCCUCCCCCUACAUUUCGUAUAGUAAUUGGUUUGUGAAUUAAUCCCAGCUAGCUAACUAGCUACAGUACAAGGAAUGUAUAACUAAAUAGUUACAACCUGAUCCAGAGGCCUAGCUAGCUGCUAACAUUUGCUAGCUAGCCGGUCGUUUUAGCCCGUUCGCUAUGAUGUCUACCUAGCUAACGUCAGUAAGAGUUAGAUAUAUAUCAGCGUUAGUUAGCCACCACCAGGCCCGUGAGACAUCACCAAGCCAGAGUAGUAUAAUGUGCAAUGCCAGCUACAGUACUGUAGCAGUAGCAUAGCCAGCCAGCUAAAGUCUUGACUAUCUGACGUGUGUUGGUCUCAUAGCCUAUGGAGGCCUGUUGUUUUGUUUUGAUAUUGCAAUUGUAGAUUAGUUUUAGCUAGCUAAUUUGUAAUUUUACAAGUGAGAGAGAUCAUUAGCAACCAGAAGUUCACUCCACUCGCAAACUAUUUACAAAUGUCAUGUUAGAUUAACCACACUAAGGAUAAGUAGUUUAAUGAGUAGGGUGUUUCAAUUAUCAGACUGCCUCACAUCUCAGUCUUGAGGCGCUGUAUAAAUAUAUACAGCUUUCCCUCUACAGUACUCUCUAGCGCUCCUCUAAACAGUGACCAAAUAUGGCGAAAAAAUGACAAAUGCCCACUUGCCAUUCAUAAAACCAGGCCCGUAAUACAACCUUCCCAAGUGAUUUAUCUCACAAGUCUUUUUGGUUUAGAGUCUGUUAAAUCUUAGUGAUGUGAAGGUCUACACACGCACACAGAGCACAGUUUGUCAUUGACUGGAACAGCUUGUCACUAGACCUUCGUCAGAGGAUAAGGGGAAUUACAAGCUUUGACGCAACUAGCCCUGGGACUGUAUUAAUUUGCAAUGGUACACUUUGACGUAUGUAUGCUGAUAAUCAAUGCACAGCAUGACUUGAUACAUUUGAAAUGUUUCCCCAUGAUGUCCUAUACAGUCAGGAAUAUGGAGACAUUGGUUUGUGUCCAGAUCUGAAUGUAUGUGAACUGCUUGCAAACGAAUUGUGAGUUUUCAUAUAUGCUGUUCAAUCUACUUCACUUUUGAUAAAUGUACGGUCAAAUUUGAACAUUUAUGGUAGGUAUCUGGGUUGUUUAAAAGCUUUGUCACUUUACAAUGCUGUUAAUCUGUUCAUAUAAGAUUUAUUGAAGUGUUGGAAGAGACCAGGCAGAGGCACAGGAACCUGGCCAGCCUCAGGUAUCUUCCCAGUUUCAGGAAGCAAGCAGUGUUCUUUGAUCUGAUCAGUGCAACCAAAAGCCUGUGCUGUGCUGUCCGUUUUCCUGUUAGUUUUGACAUGACAUGAGCCCCAGUCUCUCAACCUUCUAGUAUUAAACCUGACUAAGCCACAUUGUCCUCAACUGCUGCUGCUACAGAUUUGUCUGCCCUGUUGCUGUUUACAGGGCCGGCAACCUGGUUCCUGAUAACAGCCCAUGUGUGUGUUGCGCUAGCCUGCUAACCUCCUCACCAACUCAGACUUGUUCUCUUGGCUUGGCUCUUGGGAGAUGUCAAAACACUCCCAGUUUGACAGGGAGGGAGGGAUGAAGGAGGUAGGGAGGUGGACACGAAUUAAAGAUGCUAGAUAGGCUAAUUCUGACACUGAAUUCUGAGCCUUGUUUCACUGUUCCGCGUCACAACCUUCCAUGUUGUUAAACAUGUUAGGCAACCAUGUUCUAGAAAUAUGAAUUUAGUGGUGCUCAUCUCUAAAAACGGUACUGUACUGAGGUGUACAUUAUUCUACUGUACAAUACUGGACACCUAGCAUGUCUUUAAAAGGGGUCACAUUCAGUACAGUAAACCAUAACCAGCUCUGAUUAUGUAAACAUUUACAUUAGCUAGGCGGUCAUAUACAGUGCAAUCAGAAAGUAUUCAGACCCCUUGACUUUUUCCACAUUUUGUUACGUGACAGCCUUAUUCGAAAAUUGAUUAAAUUAGUUUGUUUCCUCAAUCUACACACAAUACCCCAUAAUGACAAAGCGAAAACAGAUUUUUAGAAAUGUUUGCAAAUGUAUUAAAAAUAAAAAAUUCAGAAAAAGUAUUCAGAUGCUUUGCUAUGAGACUCGAAAUUGAGCUCAGGUGCAUCCUGUUUCCAUUGAUCAUCCUUGAGAUGUUUCUACAACUUGAUUGGAGUCCACCUGUGGUAAAUUCAGAUUAGUUUCAAUUGAUUGGACAUGAUUUGGAAAGGCACACACCUGUCUAUAUAAGGUCCCACAGUUUACAGUGCAUGUCAGAGCAAAAACCAAGCCAUGAGGUCGAAGGAAUUGUCCGUAGAGCUCCGAGACAUGAUUGUGUCGAGGCACAGAUCUGGGGAAGGGUACCAAAAGUCUUUCAGCGGCAGGGACUGGGAGACUAGUCAGGAUCGAGGCAAUGAUGUACAGAGAGAUCCUUGAUGAAAACCUGCUCCAGAGCACUCAGGACCUCCGACUGGGGCGAAGGUUCACCUUCCAACAGGACAACGACCCUAAGCACACAGCCAAGACAAUGCAGGAGUGGCUUCGAGACAAGUCUCUGGAAGAGACCUGUGCAGCAACGCUCCCCAUCCAACUUGACAGAGCUUGAGAGGAUCUGCAGAGAAGAAUGGGAGAAACUACCCAAAUACAGGUGUGUCAAGCUUGUAGCGUCAUACCCAAGAAGACUCAAGGAUGUAAUCGCUGCCAAAGGUGCUUCAACAAAGUACUGAGUAAAGGGUCUGAAUACUUAUGUAAAUGUGAUAUUGUAGUUUUUUAUAUAUAUAUAUAUAUAUAUAUAUAUAUAUAUAAAUAUAUAAAUUUGCAAAAAUGUCCAAACCUGUUUUUGCUUUGUCAUUAUGGGGUAUUGUGUGUAGAUUGAUGGGGGGGGGGGGGAACGAUUUAAUCAAUUUUAGAAUAAGGCUGUAACGUAACAAAAUGUGGAAAAAGUGAAGGGGUCUGAAUACUUUUUGAAUGCACUGUCUAAUAUAGUCUACAUGUCAGGCCAGGGUUUAGUGGUUCAACACACAGAGUAUCCUAUAUAAAAAUAACUGCACAAUGAUUGAAGCCUUUUUCUGUUUGCUACAUCUUUGUAUUUGUACAGAAUUUGCCAUCCUAGUCAUGUAAUUUUGUCAUGUCUGUUGUGACUUUCUUACCCACAGGGGUCAUUAACAACCAUUCUAAUUAGUAUUCUUGUGUUUUUCUGUGUCAAACUGAAUUACAGGAGAAGAAUGACAACUCUUUCUCUCUGUCUCUAAUACUGUCAUUUUCUUUCCUUCGUUGUCAUCUAUUGUUCUUCACUGCAUAUGGUCCAUGUUUGUUGAUCUGAUAUCCUUGUUGUUAGUGCAUAAAUCUAUCUAUCUCUCUCUCUUUCUUCCACAUCAUCCCUUCCACAUUGUUCCUGCAAAUCCUUGGGUGAUAUAUAGAGACUUUUGGUAUGCCCACUCUUCCACUAGAUGCCCAAAAUGACAGAAGUCCGAACCCCUUGCACACAUUGAUUAUAUUUUGAAUGAACCCAAGCUUGGCUUGUAGUAGUGGUUCAGUAUAUGCUUCGAUUUAUGUUCUGCCAAAACCAUUACCUAAACCUGUGUUUUUGUCAUCUGCAUUCUGUCAUUCUGGAUAUCUCCUGUCUGCUGUGUUUUUCCAUGUAUGAUGGUUUGUCCUUGCUCGUCAAAAACAAUUCUGUAAUGAAUACUGUGAGUGUUAGAGCCUUCCCGUGAACAGUAUUGGGCCCUAAUGCACAGUCAGUUCAGAAAGAAAGUGAUGCACAAGAGUUCUGCAUGUUUUAAGAGAGACCAGCCUCUCCUCUUGUCUUAGUGAAUUCUUACAUCCCCCUCUCUAUUUAAAAAAAGAGAAAUGGGGCUCUUGGCAUCACUUCUUACUUAGACUGCCCGUCUUGGUUGGUGUGUGUGUUUUUUUGUAUCACUAGAAACAGAACGUUUUGAUGUUGUUUCCUCCCCCCUUACGCCGUACAUGUAUUUUGUGGAUGUAAAAUGCAGAUGAGAGUUUGGUUAGUUAGACCUUACCAGUCUUCGUCUCCAUUGAAUUACGUUUCAUACGGAUUUUGUUACAAUUAAUCCCCAGCAUUGUUCUAGAAUUUCCACAUAAGAUUCCAUUAAGAUUUCCUUUGUACUUUGUUACCCGCUCCAUGCAAACCAAAUCCCAAGUCAAUAAAUAGGAAUGAAUCAUGCGUUGACAGACAAUUCCUUCCUGUGUGCUAAUUGUGCUUGUGUGUAUCUUUCUUCCAUACAGUGAAAGAGUUCCUAGCCAAAGCCAAAGAAGACUUCUUACGGAAAUGGGAAUGUCCACCACAGGUGAGAUGUUUUCAAUGCUCUUAAGGCUGGAGCUACAAAUCCAGGGUUUGGGGACUCCUUCUCAUUUAUUUCUGUGAUUCCUCACAUCCUAUCUCUUUGCCUUCUUCUCAACCGAAUUGGGGAGAAGGUCCAAGGUCCUUCACCAAUGUGUAUCGAAAAGGAGACGAGUAGUGGAUGUGAGGAAUAUCUUAAGUUUCACUGAGUAAAAGCCUGGGACUGCUGCUGUGGUAUAUCCAUUAGGUAAUCCACAUCCUGUGUUUUGUAUGACCCAUUCCAGAGCACGACGGGCCUAGAUGACUUUGACAGGCUAAAGACCCUGGGUACAGGCUCGUUUGGAAGAGUCAUGCUGGUCAAACAUAAAGGAACAGAGCAGUUCUUUGCCAUGAAAAUACUGGACAAGCAAAAGGUUGGUGCCCAGUGGAAAAUAGCUGGCCUUUUCAAGGACUGGUAACUCAUGUAUGAGCUGACAAGGCAAUGUAUGGCCUUGCUAUGGGAAGAGGAUAAAGAGAUGCUAUUUUAGGGCAUCAAACGUCGCAACAAGUGCAAAGCCUUGGUCGAGUGGGUAUCACUUCAGGCAGCAAGCACAUGUAUGCCUCCCCACCGAAGACCUGGGUUAAAUCCUCUGUAUCCCUCCUUACUCUCAUCCCAUCUGUUUCUACCUAUCUAAAUGAAGCAUACUUUUUUUUAGUAAAGGUAGUGUGCAAUUACACUGUCCAAAAAUAAAAAUAAAUCACGCAAAAAUGAAAUAAAACACUGUAGAUCAGUGGUAUUCAAACUUUUUCGGCGGGACCCCAAUUUUCCCCCAGAAUAUCUGGGGACCUACAUUUUUUUGCAAGAAUUCCUCGCUACCCCACCCUAAAUCUGAUGAUGACACAACCUUAAAAUUGUUACAUUUCUAUUUUUACCUUAACUAAUACCUUCAAUUCAUUACACUUUCAUCUCUUAUCAAAACUAGAAGAAACCAAUAAAUACAUUUACUCAAUAAAAUUGUAUUUUUAAAAGGAUCCUUCUCACAAACGUUGUAUAUUGUGACUUGUCCCAUACAAUAAUAUGUACUCUAAUUUUUAAUAUUUUUAAAUGGGGAACCCCACUGCAAGGUUGCGACCCCAACUUUGAAUACCACUGCUGUAGAUGUUAACUGGUGGCAUAACAUAAGUAUGAUUGUGUAAUGUUAGGACCGGCCAGCAGUAAUGUCUGCCAGUGGUUCCUCCCAUCACAUGCACAGAUAUGAUCUGACUUGUUAGUGUCUGGAUUAUAAUACCAUAGACUCUUUGCAUUACUGGAAUGCAAUCUAAAAGCUGUCCUAGCCACGCAAACCACCUGAUCUCGCGAGCUAACAUAAAUGGUUCGCUACCUCAGUCUGGUAAUUACGAGACUAAAGCUGUCCCCCUCCCCCAACCUCUACAGCUUUGUCAUGCCAUCAUUAAACAGUAAAUCAAAAUGUUGUUUUUCGGUCAAGAUGGUUGUCUGAUGAUCACUUCUUUGUCUGUUAGGUGGUAAAACUCAAGCAAAUAGAACACACGCUAAAUGAGAAGAGAAUAUUGCAGGCUGUGUCUUUUCCCUUCCUCGUCAGACUUGAUUAUGCCUUCAAGGUACAGUUUAUUUUCCUUCUGCAUACAGUGUUUUCAAUCUGGCCAUUGAGAUCAGGGGCCCUAUGUAUCAAGUGUCUCAAAGAAGGAGUGCUGAUUUAGGAUACGUUUUUCCUUUUUGAUCACAAUGAAUAUGAUUCGAUGAACAAGGGGGGACCUGAUCCCAGCACUACUCUGAGACGCUUAAUACAUAUGGCCCCUGGCCUCUUUAUUAUUCAGUUAUCUCAGUAUCUGAGUGGAUUUGUUUACAUCUGUCUAUGUCUCUCCACAGGACAACUCCAAUUUGUACAUGGUGAUGGAGUAUGUUCCAGGAGGAGAGAUGUUCUCACAUCUAAGACGAAUCGGAAGGUUCAGGUGAGUUUCUGUCUGAAUGUUCUGCUCAUAAAUGCAAAAUCAGGUUGAUUACAGAUUGUUUCUAGAUUUUCCAGUUGUUGAUAGAAAAUGAAUGUGUAUGUGUAUAUAUAUAUAUAUAUAUAUAUAUACACACACUGCUCAAAAAAAUAAAGGGAACACUUAAACAACACAAUGUAACUCCAAGUCAAUCACACUUCUGUGAAAUCAAACUGUCCACUUAGGAAGCAACACUGAUUGACAAUAAAUGUCACAUGCUGUUGUGCAAAUGGAAUAGACAACAGGUGGAAAUUAUAGGCAAUUAGCAAGACACCCCCAAUAAAGGACUGGUUUUGCAGGUGGUGACCACAGACCACUUCUCAGUUCCUAUGCUUCCUGGCUGAUGUUUUGGUCACUUUUGAAUGCUGGCGGUGCUUUCACUCUAGUGGUAGCAUGAGACGGGGUCUACAACCCACACAAGUGGCUCAGGUAGUGCAGCUCAUCCAGGAUGGCACAUCAAUGCAAGCUGUGGCAAGAAGGUUUGCUGUGUCUGUCAGCGUAGUGUCCAGAGCAUGGAGGCGCUACCAGGAGACAGGCCAGUACAUCAGGAGACGUGGAGGAGGCCGUAGGAGGGCAACAACCCAGCAGCAGGACUGCUACCUCCGCCUUUGUGCAAGGAGGAGCAGGAGGAGCACUGCCAGAGCCCUGCAAAAUGACCUCCAGCAGGCCACAAAUGUGCAUGUGUCUGCUCAAACGGUCAGAAACAGACUCCAUGAGGGUGGUAUGAGGGCCCUGACGUCCACAGGUGGGGGUUGUGCUUACAGCCCAACACCGUGCAGGACGUUUGGCAUUUGCCAGAGAACACCAAGAUUGGCAAAUUCGCCACUGGCGCCCUGUGCUCUUCACAGAUGAAAGCAGGUUCACACUGAGCACAUGUGACAGACGUGACAGAGUCUGGAGACGCCGUGGAGAACGUUCUGCUGCCUGCAACAUCCUCCAGCAUGACCGGUUUGGUGGUGGGUCAGUCAUGGUGUGGGGUGGCAUUUCUUUGGGGGGCCGCACAGCCCUCCAUGUGCUCGCCAGAGGUAGCCUGACUGCCAUUAGGUACCGAGAUGAGAUCCUCAGACCCCUUGUGAGACCAUAUGCUGGUGCGGUUGACCCUGGGUUCCUCCUAAUGCAAGACAAUGCUAGACCUCAUGUGGCUGGAGUGUGUCAGCAGUUCAUGCAAGAGGAAGGCAUUGAUGCUAUGGACUGGCCCGCCCGUUCCCCAGACCUGAAUCCAAUUGAGCACAUCUGGGACAUCAUGUCUCGCUCCAUCCACCAAUGCCACGUUGCACCACAGACUGUCCAGGAGUUGGCGGAUGCUUUAGUCCAGGUCUGGGAGGAGAUCCCUCAGGAGACCAUCCGCCACCUCAUCAGGAGCAUGCCCAGGCAUUGUAGGGAGGUCAUACAGGCACGUGGAGGCCACACACACUACUGAGCCUUAUUUUGACUUGUUUUAAGGACAUUACAUCAAAGUUGGAUCAGCCUGUAGUGUGGUUUUCCACUUUAAUUUUGAGGGUGACUCCAAAUCCAGACCUCCAUGGGUUGAUAAAUUUGAUUUCCAUUGAUCAUUUUUGUGUGAUUUUGUUGUUAGCACAUUCAACUAUGUAAAGAAAAAAGUAUUUAAUAAGAUUAUUUCAUUCAUUCAGAUCUAGGAUGUGUUAUUUUAGUGUUCCCUUAAUUUUUUUGAGCAGUGUGUGUGUGUAUAUAUAUAUAAUAUUUAUUUUACCUACAUUCCCGUACACGUAUUUAUUUGGACAGUGUAUCUAAAACAUUUAAUUUGGCUCUGUACUCCAAAAUUUUGGAUUUGAGAUUAAAUGUUUUAUGAGGCGACAGAAAAUAAUGUCACCUUUUAUUUUAGGGUAUUUUCUUACACGUUUUAGCAUUUAGAAAUGAAUGCACUUCAUUUAUCUAGUCCCCCCAUUUGAAGGUGUCCAUAAGUAUUUAGACAAAUUCAGUUAUCGUGCAUUACAUUUAUUUAAAAGUUUAGUGUUUGGUCCCAUAUUCCUAGCACGCAAUGACUACAACAAGCUUGUGACUCAACAAAGUUGUUGGAUGCAUUUGCAGUUUGUUUUGGUUGUGUUUCAGAUGAUGUUGUGCCCAACAGAAAUGUAUUGUAAAUAAUGUGUUGUGAUUUUGGAGUCACUUUUAUUGUAAAUAAUGUUUCUGAACACUUCUACAUUAAUGUGGAUGCUACCAUGAUUACGCAUAAUCAUGAAUAAUGAUGAGUGAGAAAGUUAGAUGCAUAAAUAUCAUUCCCCUCAAAAAAUUUGAUUAAUUCAUGAUUAUCCGUAAUCAUGAUAGCAUCCACAUUAUUGUCGAAGAGUUCAGAAACAUAUUCUAUUCUCAUUUACAAUAAAAUUGAAUCCAAAAUGACACAAUACAUUUUUUACCAUACAUUUCUAUUGGGAACGGAAAGGGGAUACCUAGUCAGUUGUACAACUGAAUGCAUUCAACAUAAAUGUGUCUUCCGCAUUUAACCCAACUCCUCUGAAUCAGAAAGGUGCGGGGGGCUUGCCUUAAUUGAUAUCCACGUCUUCGGCGCCCAGUUGCUGUUGGGAGUUUACUGCCUUGCUAAGGGGCAGAAUGACAUUUUUACCUUGUCGGCUCGGGGAUUCGAUCCGACAACCUUUCGGUUACCGGCCCAACACUCCUACCCGUCAGGCUACAUACCACACUACAUAUUCCGACACACAACCAAUACAAACUGCAAAUACAUCCAACAAGUUUGUAGAGUCACAAGCUUGAUGUAGUCAUUGCAUGCUAGGAAUAUUGGACCAAAUACUAAACGUUUAAAUACAUUUUAUACACUAACAGAAUUGUAUUUUUAUGACACCUUCAAAUGGGGGGGACUAGAUACAUAAAGUGCAUGAAAUGUUUUAGCUUCACUGUCCAAAUGCAUUUUUUUUUUUUUUUUUAUUCUGCUCUCCCCUUCACAUUUUCCACAUUUUGUUACGUUACAGCCUUUUUCUAAAAUUGAUUAAAUUGUUUUUUCCCCCUCAAUCUACACACAAUACCCCACAAUGACAAAGCAAAAACUGAUUUGUAUAAAUUAUUCCAAAUAUAUUACAAAAAAACAACAACUCACAUUUACAUAAGCAUUCAGAACCCUUUACUCAGUACUUUGUUGAAGCAUCUUUGGCAGCGAUUAAAGCCUUGGUCUUCUUGGGUAUGACGCUACAAGCUUGGCACACCUGUAUUUGGGGAGUUUCUCCCAUUCUUCUCUGCAGAUCCUCUCAAGCUCUGUCAGGUUGGAUGGGGAGCGUCGCUGCACAGCUAUUUUCAAGUCCGGGCUCUGGCUGGGCCACUCAAGGACAUUCAGAGACUUGUCCCGAAGCCACUCCUGCGUGGUCUUAGCUGUGUGCUUAGGGGUCGUUGUCCUGUUCGAAGGUGAACCUUCGUCCCAGUCUGAGGUCCUGAGCGCUCUGGAGCAGGUUUUCAUCAAGGAUCUCUUUCCCUCAAUCCUGACUAGUCUCCCAGUCUUGGUUUCAUCAGACCAGAGAAUCUUGUUUCUCAUGGUCAGAGAGUCCUUUAGGUAACUUUGGGCAAACUCCAAGUGGGCUGUCAUGUGCCUUUUACUGAGGAGUGGCUUCUGGAAGGUUCUCCCAUCUCUACAGAGGAACUUGGGUUCUUGGUCACCUCCCUGACCAAGGCCCUUCUCCCCCGAUUGCUCCGUUUGGCCGGGCGGCCAGCUCUAGGAAGAGUCUUGGUGGUUCCAAACUUCUUCCAUUUAAGAAUGAUGGAGGCCACUGUGUUCUUGGGGAUCUUCAAUGCUGCAGAAAUUUUUUUGGUACCCUUCCCCAGAUCUGUGCCUCGACACAAUCUUGUCUCCGAGCUCUACGGACAAUUCCUUCGACCUCAUGGCUUGGUUUUUGCUCUGACGUGCACUGUCAACUGUGGGACCUUAUCUAGACGUGUGUGCCUUUCCAAAUCAUGUCCAAUCAAGUGAAUGUACCACAGCUGGGCUCGAAUCAAGUUGUAGAAACAUCUCAAGGAUGAUCAAUGGAAAGAUGAUGCACCUUAGCUCAAUUUCGAGUCUCAUAGCAAAGGGUCUGAAUACUUAAGUAAAUAAGGUGUGUGUGUGUAUAUAUAUAUAUAUAUAUAUCACUUGUACAUUUGCAAAAAUUAAAAAAAAUCUGUUUUCGCUUUGUCAUUAUGGGGUAUUGUGUGUAGAUUGAUGAGGAAAAAAACUAAUUUAAUACAUUUUUGAAUAAGGCUUUAACGUAACAACAAAAUGUGGAAAAAGGGAAGGGGUCUGAAUACUUUCCGAAUGCACUGUAGCUGGUAGUUAAUUACAACUCUGAUAAAAUGUUUCUGCUUACUACAUCAUCAGUUAAACGGAUUCUUCUCGCUUUCCUUCCUUCACAGUGAACCGCACGCACGGUUUUACGCUGCACAGAUAGUACUGACGUUCGAGUAUCUCCAUUCACUAGACCUUAUCUACAGAGAUCUGAAGCCUGAGAACCUUCUAAUCGAUCAGCACGGCUACAUCCAGGUAUGUGUGACCAGUGCUACAAGUGGAUCAUUUUUAUUUUACAGCACCGGGGUUCUUAUUUUAGAGCCAAUAUUUCAUAAGAGAUGCUGGUAGGCCUACUCACAGGGAUGCAAACUCAUCGCUUUUCGGUGAUAUUCACCGUUUUGAUCUCAAAAUAGGCCAUCCACGUGAAUCGUGUAGACCUGAAGAGAAAAGGGGGGAGGGGUCUGUAUCUCAUAUUGAAAUCAUUGACUGAGCACAGAAAGUUAUUAAACGUAUUGAACUUAAGAGAAAGGUAGUUAAAUUGCACAAGUUUCUCAUAGUUAAUGAAAAUAAUGCAUCAGUGAUUCGUAUUUCCAGUAACUUUCUGAAGAAGUAACACCUGUGUGUGUUGUGUAGCCAGUUAGCAUGCCGAAACAGUCAUUUCUAAAGGCUUUCCCAAAAAACCUUGCCAAUUAAAUGUUGUCUGCAAAGUAGGCCUACCUGGCUGGCAGAAUGAUGAUCAUGAUACAUUUGUACCAAUCGGGUUCACAUGAAACACUGCUACAGAAACACUGCUACUAGCCAAACACAAGUCUCUUGCUGGUGCACAAUUGAAUUAAAGGGCAACUACACCCUCCCACACACCUCAAAUGUGGUCUCCUGAUGUGGUUGAAGCAUUGUUGUGAACUUAGAACAUAACAUUUUGUUGGUUUUCUAUCAAUAAAAGUGUGAUCUUGAGAGUGAAAAAAUCUGAAACCUGGAAAAGCAAAACCAAGAACGGAAUUUGGCAAAAACUAAAACAGAUUUUAUAGUGCCCUAUGUUUUGUUGUCUGGGGAGACCUGAGAUUAUCAUUACCUGUCAUGAUAAACCUUAAACCCAGGAGAAAGAGCCCAACUCCCCCUACCCCAGAACACCAUUUUCUCUGUCCAUUGUGGUUUGUAAAGUUAGGAGUGUUGAGAUUAUUCAAAUGUGUAUUUAUUACUUGUUAUUCUCUGAAAAUAAGCCAAUUUUCUUGCACUUCACACAGAUUUUUCAUCUUUCCAAAUGAAUUUUUUUGUCACCAUGUUGGGCCCUCACCAGUUUGCAUCCCUGUACUCAAGCAGUAGAACAUUUGAGGUGCCAGUACUGUGUACCGGGGCACACUGGCCUAACUUGAGCACUGUGCGUGACACAUCACUGCCUAUGGCGUAUACUGUAAUGAUGGGUUGUGUUUUCUCUGCUAUGUUGCUUUACUGACUGUACGUGUUCUUUGUGGUCAGGUGACAGACUUUGGAUUCGCCAAGCGGGUAAAAGGCAGAACCUGGACAUUGUGUGGAACUCCAGAGUACCUGGCGCCCGAGAUCAUCCUCAGCAAGGUGAGAGUCCUGUCUCUCUCUCUCGCUCACUCACACUGAAUUAAAUUACUCAAUUUGAAGACAUGGAACAUUGUUUGUUGCGAUGAAUUUAGAUUACAUAUGUGUUUGUGAACUACAUUUGUCAUUGUGCUGUGUGUAGGGCUACAACAAAGCAGUGGACUGGUGGGCCCUGGGGGUGCUUAUAUAUGAGAUGGCGGCUGGAUACCCUCCCUUCUUCGCUGACCAGCCUAUUCAGAUCUAUGAGAAGAUCGUGUCUGGAAAGGUAUGGACAAGUCAAUUUUACAUUAAGCAUGUCUGAAAUGGCCUACCUAUUUCACCUGCAGUUUAACACAUUUUGAACACCUGUCCUGUCCUCAUGGAGUAAGCUUAACUCAGUGGGAGGUUUUAACUGUCCAAUGAAUCCUUGUCUUGCUUUUGGCUUAGCCUCUUCUGUCUUCAAUCACUUACUAUACAGGUCCAACUAGGAACAAAUGUACAUUUCUCAAUACAUUACGGGGCGGCAGGUAGCUUAGUGGUUAAGAGCGUUGUGCCAGUAACCGAAAGGUCGCUGGUUCUAAUCCCCGAGCAGACUAGGUGAAAAAUCUGUCGAUGUGCCCUUGAGCAAGGCACUUAACCCUAAUUGCUCCUGUAAGUCGCUCUGGAUAAGAGCGUCUGCUAAAUGACAAAAAAAAAAAUGUUUUUGACAAAACCUCUUGUGUCCCCCUGUAGGUUCGCUUCCCGUCCCACUUCAGCUCUGACCUGAAGGACCUGCUGAGGAACCUGCUGCAGGUGGACCUGACCAAGCGCUACGGCAACCUGAAGAAUGGCGUCAACGACAUCAAAGGACACAAGUGGUUCGCUACAACGGACUGGAUUGCCAUCUAUGAGAGGAAGGUACAUACAAGGCUGUGUUGGAAGAUGAGGACAAUCAAUGCGAAGUUGAAUUGCUCUUUAUAGCACAUAACUUUUAUGAAACACAUUGGCCAAAGUCUUGCCUACUACUUACUAAAACGACAUACUGUGUACUAAUCAUACUACAAACUAUUUCAGCAACAAAUAUCAACAUACUACUCAUCCAUACUGAGAAGGCAUAAUCUAAAUGCACAAUCGCUCUUGUUCCACACCAUUUGUACAUUUUUGCAGAGCAUGUCCCCUAUUCUAAUUAUCAGCUGUUGUCAAACACACGUGGGUCUGAAAAGACCAUUCUCUUCCUCAAUAGUGUGCAGCGAAUUCUAAAUGAAAAGCCGAAAUGAGUAUGACAUCCUGCGAUUUAAAGUAUACUACAUCUUUUAAAUUUCACAUUCUAUAAAACGUUUUAUUUUUGCAUAGCCAAAAAUCCUACUAUUUAGAACGCAAGUAUGGGUAUUCAGACAUGGCCUCUGUAUUUUAUUGAUGUCCAGUAGUACUUUCUUGAGCAUUGUGAUCUUGCAACAAUAGUCUUUAUAUGGCGUCAUAAUAAUGUUUUCUAUUUGACUUACUAUAAUUACUUCAUAAUGCAUUUUGCUGAAUGGUGGUAUUACCUAGGCAUCUGAAAAUUAUUGUAUUACAAUAUCAUUGAAGUACUGGCUUGGUCUCCUCUAAGGCAAACUCCCUCUAACUCCGCCCCUGGUUGUGCUGCUCACUGUGUUUUCAGGUGGAAGCCCCGUUCAUACCAAAGUGUCGAGGCGCUGGAGACACGAGCAACUUCGACGACUACGAGGAGGAGGAGAUCCGAGUCUCCGUAACGGAAAAAUGUGCAAAGGAGUUUUCCGAGUUUUAG